GUGUGGCCAGACGACCCGGACGGGUGGAUAAAGAGAUAGAAGCGGCAGCUGCAGCGGCAGAGCCCUUCCCCGUCCCCAGCGCAGCAAAGCCGCCACAAUGCCGGCCGCCGCUGUGGCCUCGUCUCUCCUCCUCUCGCUCUGCUCCUCCUCCUCCCCCUUCCUCUCCUCUUCAUCCACCUCCUUCCUCCCACCCUCCUCCUCUUCCCCCGCCGCCCCGCACGCCGCCGGCAGGAGGAAGCCGGCGGUCUCCGUCCUCCGCGCGCUGCGCGCCGAGGCGGCCACCCUCCCCGUGCUCUCCUUCACCGGGGAUAAGGUCGGGGAGGCCACCCUCGACCUCAAGUCUGCGCCGCCCUCCACCGCGCGCGCCGUUGUGCACCGCGCGCUCAUCACCGACCGCCAGAACGCGCGCCGGGGCACGGCUUCCACGCUCACCCGCGGCGAGGUCAGAGGCGGAGGGAGGAAGCCCUACCAGCAGAAGAAGACGGGGAAGGCGCGGCGCGGGUCGCAGCGCACCCCGCUCCGCCCCGGCGGUGGCGUCGUGUUCGGCCCCAAGCCCCGCGACUGGUCCAUCAAGAUCAACCGCAAGGAGAAGCGCUUAGCCAUCUCCACCGCGAUCGCCAGCGCCGCAGUGGCCGAGGAUGCCUUCGUCGUGGAGGAGUUCAACGAGGCGUUUGCGGCGGGGCCCAAGACUAGGGAGUUCGUGUCCGCUCUGCAGCGGUGGGGGCUCGAUCCCAAGCAGAAGGCCAUGUUCUUUGCCACGGAGUUCGACGACAAUGUGCGCCUCAGCGGCAGGAACAUCGGCUCCCUCAAGAUGCUCACCCCCAGGACGCUCAACCUGUACGACAUCCUCGACUCCCGCAAGCUCUUCUUCACCCCUGCCGCCAUCGACUACCUCAACUCCAGGUACGGUGCCACCGUACUCGAUGAGUACGAGGACGAUACCGAUGUUGAGGAUGACGGCGAAGAAGAAGUGGUGGAGGAGCAAGAAGAAGCCACAACAGAGGAGGCUGCUCUAGAUGAGGCUGAAGACAGCGAGGCAGACAGCAGAUCCUAGGUAAAGGAGUGGUGUAGAUCAUCGUAUUGUUGCUUUGUUGUUGUUAUGUUACUUUUUGGAUGAGAGUGAAUUGUUUGGGAAUUCUCUCCCUAAUGAAGAAACAUUUUGUUUGCUUUUCUUGUAA